ACGGUGGCUCGGAGAUGAUGUUAUAUAUAAAUAUAUUAAUAAAAAAAAGUUUCUUUAAAACAAAAUUUCAUUCUUCAUCGUCGUCUCCAAACCAUCUUCUCGUCUUCGCGUCAGCAGGGUACGGUAGCUUGGGUUCUGUCCUGUUCUGCGAUUUCGUCGGAGGCUUUUUUGGAAAAGAGUAAUGAGUGAAAGACCAGUACCAAGAAGAGAGAGUCCAUGGGGAGUGUCUGAAGGAUACCACCGAGAGCCAAAAGCUCAUCGAUGCAAUGACCGUGCAGAAGACGUCAUCCAAACAUGGCUGCUAGUUACUACGCUUGUUUGGAAGUAUCAUAGACCUCAGAAAAUCUGCUACGCAUGUUUUGAAGGAAACCCUUUUAAAACAAUUCCGGGACCCUUCAAGCUAUUCUGGCGAUGCAUGCGAUCAAAGCCUGGGGAAGAGCCGACUGAACCUUUCACCUACUUGGACUUGGAGCCGCCAAAAAGAGAGAUAAAACUCGAGUAGACCGUCGUUCUUCUACAGCAUCAACUCAUGGUUUUGCUUGAAAAUUCAUGGCGUGCAACUUUGAUGACUCUAUAAUUCUGAUCAUGAAAGAAUAAUGUGCCGGUGUUUACAUGAACACUUGCUCAUAACAUAGCUGGUUUUAGUUUGCCUCUUUUGAAUAAUUUUCUUUGUUGAAUCUUUUGAUCGAGAGGCUUUUCUUUUGUUUGUGUAAAGUAAAAAAGUUAGCCUCCUUGCUCAUCAUUUUUCUUUUAAAAGAUUACCAGAUCAUUCAUUUUUAACUUUUAUGGUAUUAUGUUAAGUAAAACAUUACAAAAAGAUAUCCAAAGUAUCAAUUCGUGUGUGCGUGUC